CAGACUUGUCCACAACCACCAACAAGCGCUGGGCUGAAGUUGCCUCUGACGCGUCCGAGUAUCUUGCAGGAUGGACUUCAACGAUCUGCACCCGAUAGAUGACAUGAGCCAUCGGUACUUCGUCGACCCCAUGUUUCUUGAAGCAUGGGGCGGGCUGUCCGAGGAAAAUCUGUUCAUGUACUUCGAGCACUCUGGCUUCUACGAUAGAGGAUGCAACAAUGAAAUUCUGCGCAUGCAAACGUUCGCGACAGGUGAACAAAUCGACCUUCUACGGACUGACAAGCUGAGGAAUCUGAAGGGUGUUGAAUACAUGCUCGUGCGCUCUGAGCCGCCGUCUUUGUUCAUCAUUCACAAGCAAGAACGCCUGUCCGAAGAGGAAGUCAAACCGCUUCAAGUAUACUUCAUCAUCAACGGCAACGUCUACCAGGCUCCAGAUGUCCAUACCGUGCUGUCGAAUCGCCUGUUAACGACCCUACACUCUCUCCAAAACACGAUGGAUAUCUUGCGAAAACACCGGCCGGACUACACGCCACGAACUGGCUUCGUCUGGCCCGUCACCAAUCCUGUGCUCGGAGAAGAUAAACUAAAGCGCGCCACCGCCGCAAAUACCCGCCUCGCGACGCAAGCCCCGGGCACGCCCAUCGAGGGAGAAGCCCCGCCUCUCGCCGGUCAACCCGCGGGCAAGACAGACCCUCUGCACGGCUCGACGCGCAAGGUCCAGAACACGCAGCUGCUCUUCCACUCGAUGUUCACCGCGAGCAGGCAUCUGGAAAAGAGCCGGGCGCCGCCGCCGCAACCUGCGCCUACGCCUGCGCCACAGCCGCCGCCGGUGGUUGGGGCGCAGGCGAGCGCUCAGGGUGCAGGGUCUGGGGCCGCAACGAAUGCUGCGCCGACGCCUGCGCCCUCUGGACCGCCUGAGCCUCCCGCAAAGGGACAGCCGGGGGCGGGGAAGAAGAAAAAGAAACGGCAGGGAACCUUGCGAGAUGCGCCUACGCCCGCCGCUUCGCAGCCCACUCCCGGGCCUUCACACCCGACUCCGGGGCCCUCGUAAUUCGCUUACAUCAUUCUUGAGAUGCUUGAAAUGGCUGGAGACACAUUUGAAGGAGAGGCGAGGCGAAGGGGCUUGCAGGAUCCAGCGCUACAUAGUUUGAAGGCCCCGCGGGCAACCUCAUUCGUAUAGCCGUAGCUAGAUGUACAACUUAUCGCAUGCCACCUCCGGUCAGCUUUCCCGUUAACCAACCAAGAGGUGUCGGUAUGCCACUCUUCUGACCGAUGAUACUGCCCCCAAUACCACCAGCUAAAGGAUUUGAUGACGCGAACGACUCUUUCCGGAGUCUUGCUGCUAGUCGGACUGGAUAAUAGGACGAUGUCAGAGCGAUACAUAUGAAUGUGAGAGCGAGCGGAGCUAACCAUUCGCAUCGAUUUCUUCUACGUUCGUCUCAAGGACGAGCCCGCCUUGUAU